UCAUGGACAUGGACAUGGAUAUGGAAGAGGACGUGGAGAUGUAUACUCCUACGGCCCCUGUUGCCCCUGAUCAACAAGCUGUGCCUGUAGCCGCAACGCCGUCUCCUAUACAUACUAUUUACAUACGGAACUUAAACUAUAAACUUCAGCCUAACGAACUUCGCAAAUCGCUCUACAUGGAGUUUAUCAAGUUUGGGAAAAUAUUAGAUGUUAUUGUGGGAAUCAAGCGCUUCGCUCUGCGUGGCCAAGCGUGGAUUGUCUUUGACCAGGUCGAGUCUGCUGUUCGUGCCAUAGCGGAGAUGAAUGGAAAGGUCGUUCUGAAUCGUCCUGUGACGGUGACCUUCGCAAAAACGGAAUCGGACAUUAUUCUGAAGAGAGAAGGUCGCUUUACCUACGUUAAGCGUACAUUCCAGUCCUAUGCAGAAAUCCAUGCUCGCGAGAUGGAGGAGAACGAGGGUCGUGCUGCUGCUGCUCGCAUCCACAACAAUCCUCCGAACAACAAAUUAAUCCUCUUCGAUCUUCCAACGACCAUCACAAAGGAGGUACUGCUUCCGAUCGUCCAGCCCUACGUCGGAUUCCACGAUUUGGGAAUCGUGCCUGGCCGUGGCAUCGCCUUCGUGGAUUUCAACACUAUACACAACGCAGAAGUGUGCUUAAGCGCGAUCAAGUCGGCAACCCUUCCUACAGGAGAGAAGAUAUACGCAUCGUAUGCUAAGUAA